UCUACCUGGAAUUGAUUUGGGUGCUGAGGGGUUGAAUUUUUCGACGCUACUAAUGAUCCCUAGCGAGUCUAUGCAAAGGGAAGACGGUUCGACAGGCCAGGUAGUAGAGCGGUGCGCAGGUAGGCGAGCGCGGCGCGCACUCGCACCCACCUCGCCUCCGCGCGUUGUUCCCACUUGGGCCCACAGGUCAAACCUGGAAUGGCCGAAAAGCGGUCAAGCGAUGCACAGGUGUUUUUACGAAGCGCGCCGCUUUCCAGUGUCGUCGCGCCAGCCGUGCCCGACGUGCCCGUUGAUCCGCCAGCGGUCGCGCCGCAUCGUAUCGCCAAAUUACCACACAUGAACCCAGUGCCCGCCGCAGUGCCUUCCUCCAACAGCAGGUGACAUGGCAGACACAGGUGUCCUCGAGACCGAGCCGGAUUCAGGCACCAACAACAACAACAAUGAAACCACCCCGACGUCCAUGCAGACCGACGACGAUGCCGAGCAGAACGAAAAAGUCACCAGCAAUCAAAACUACGACUCCGGCGAUGGCGGUCAUCGCUGUGAUUCGUGCGAUUUCGAAUCCGCAACCAAGGCGUCCCUCUCAGCACAUAUCAACCAGGUACAUGGCAGCAAAGAAGCUGAGACUGUGGAGCCGGAUAACAAUAAUCAACCGCCACCGGAUCGACUGCAUCGCAAGUUAUUCGAGUGCGAUGUGUGCAAUAUGAAGUUCUCAAACGGCGCCAACAUGCGCCGCCAUAAAAUGCGACAUACAGGUGUCAAGCCUUAUGAGUGUCGUGUGUGUCAGAAGCGAUUCUUCCGCAAGGAUCAUCUCGCCGAGCAUUUCACCACGCACACGAAGACGCUGCCGUACCACUGCCCGAUUUGCAACCGCGGCUUCCAGCGGCAAAUCGCAAUGCGCGCUCACUUCCAGAACGAGCACGUCGGCCAGCAUGACUUGGUAAAAUCCUGUCCACUCUGCAGUUAUCGCGCUGGAUCUAUGAAAAGCUUGCGGGUGCAUUUCUUCAACCGACAUGGUAUUGACUUAGAUAAUCCUGGACCUGCAGGGUCGUCGGCGUCUUUGUUAGCUGCGGCUGCCGCUGCGCAGCAUGGAUUUCCCUUGGAUGGUGCACUGAGUUCGCUCACGGGGUUAAGUGUGAGCAUGACGAGUACAAAUUACAGCGACAGUGGAGACUCCACGGGCGCUAGAUCAACGGAUAAUGCAACACCACCGAUGCAUUUUCUUACACCACAUGUGGAGAUUUCCAUGGCGGACGCGCCUGCGCCGGUGUUCUCUCCAGCAUUAUCAGAGAAUCAAAAUUCUCAACCGGGGCAGAGUAGUGGUGAAGCCGAAGGGCGGUCACAGCGUGUUAAUGGUGAUUGUCCUGGAUCACCCCAGUCAGGGGAUUCAAACUCUAAUGCACCUUCAAGCUCACUUAACAAUAACCGAAUGGAGCAUGAAACCAGUAUCACACCUUCAAUCUCAUUAAUACCUAUUAAACAAGAACCAGGGGAGGAGUUUGACAAGCGAAACGGGCCUGCCAACCUUUCAACAUCACCCACUGCUUCUACACAAGUGCAAUCAGCGACAUCUAGUAGUCUCACAUCGUUGAUAAAGGUUUCACCACUGAAAUCUUUACUGCGUGAUGAUUUGAAACGAAAAAUUGUCACACGGAGCAACACUAGAAAUCGCUCGGCAGCUUCGCCUAGUGCAAAUGCAAGCGGUGGUGAAGGAGCAGCAGAUGCGGCAACCACGAACGGUGCUAUUACAUCAACAGGACCUGAACAACCAUCGGAUUCAUCAGUGUGGCGUAAUGUCGGCGGCAAGCGGCUGUGCUCCAGCUUGCAGUGCACUUACUGCGGCAUCGCAUUUCCUGAUCAAACGCUCUAUUUCUUGCACAAGGGCUGUCACUCCGACGCCAACCCGUGGAAGUGCAAUAUCUGCGGCGAGCAGUGCUGCAACGUCUACGAGUUCAACUCGCAUCUUCUAAGCAAAAGUCACCAGUGACCACCGGGCGCACGAUAGUACAAUACUAUUUAAUUUUAUUUAUUGCUACAAACAUAAUGAUUUGUUUGUGUUAUUAUCAAACUGACAAUCGUUCUGUGAAGUCAGUACAAAACUAUACGAUUCAAACAUUCCACAUGUUCAAUUAUCUAAUUAAUUGUCGAAGAAAAUGAUCAAAACUUGCGAAUUGAUCUCUUAAAAAGACAAGAUUUAUACUAGGACUCAUUUCGGUUGUUCAAUGAGUGUUGCGAUGCAAUUAUCUAGCAGCUAGUGAUGGAAAUACGUAUGCCUUGAACGUGUUUCAUGAAUCUCAGACGGGUAUUCAUGGAGCAUCCAAAUGAAUUUGUAAAUAACACGAGAAUAUCUAUGUUUAUACUAAAAUGGAAAUGAUCAAGACACCACACAACACACACAAACCACAUAUACACCUAGAGUGCCUAUUAAUGUGAUCUAAAAAUUGAUGAAAUCGACAUUCCGUCCAAGUUUACAAAGAUUUAAGAGAAUUUACGAUUUUACUAUUGUUAGAAACCUAAAACUAAGAAGAUGCUAAACUACUAACGAUAUGAAUAUUUAGCAAACAUGCAAAAUGCAACAGAGAGAUAUAUCUAGACGUUAGUAGACACAAAUAUAUAAAGAUGAAUAUUUUAUUAAUUAGGUAAACUAAUGAAAUCUAAGCGAGCGCCUUAAAAAUUGCUGAGAUUGCUAGAAAUCAAUUGUUAACGUAGUGCGUAACGAAUUUAAUUAAUAAUUUAUUUCUCGGCGAUGCACACCGGCAUCGCGCAAAUGUUUUUAAACAACGCGGUGGCCGGCUGAAUCGAUGGCAUUUAUAUUAUACUCGCGACUUGUUAGACUUGUUAAGCCAUUUGUUGCAUUGUUUUCGUUCACAUUCCACGACGCGUUGUUCGAAUCGAUUACUAGAUGAAUUUUCAGUUUUUAUUUCGUCGUUGACGCGUGCAAUAUUUUUAACUGCACGUAUUUUGAUGCCUCAAGAAGCGACAUUCCAGUUGUUUGUCGAUAUUGCAUUGCAUAGGAGAAACAAAACGAUUAUCGUGGGCGGUUGUUUUACUACAAAUUAAUUAUUAAACAAUUUCUAUGUACGAUUAGUAGCAUUUAUUUAUUAUUAUUUAUAUUCUCACGCGGCGUUCGUAUUGUUGUGUAAAUUUUAUUAAUGAUAAUAUUGUAAAUUUCAUUCGGAGCUGAGCGCUGAGAGAGAUAAUUUGUAACUUACCGGGUGAUAGGGUUAUUAUAAUUUCAUUCUUCACUUUAAUUCAUCUUUUUUGAAUAAUUUACGUUUUAAGCAGGGACACACGCAGACGCAGUUCACAACCGUUUUCAGAAUGGAAGAUCAAUAAAAACUGUUUCAAGAAA